AAUCGUAGCUCACAUCACUAGUGCACACUCAUCAGAUUAUCGCAGUUGUUACGUGAAAAAGUUGUCAAAGGCUGAUUUUGUUUUAGUUUAAAAAGUGCUCAAUAAUUAUUUUUCACUGCAUUCAAGUGCGUUAAACGAAGUGUACAAAUGUAUUAUUAAAACAGCUUAACAAUUGCAAUUUAUUGUAAAUCGUGACACGGAUUACAACAGGGUAACCACAGGAGAUCAAGAGGAGCCGGCUGCAAAUAUGGAGCAUAUACUGCAAUCGUAUCCAGAGGAUGCACGCCGUAUUGGCGAAGAAUAUUUAUCUAGUCUAACGGAUUUAAAUUGCAAUAGCAAGCCACUCAUCAAUAUGCUCACCAUGCUCGCCGAGGAAAAUAUUAACUAUGCCCAUGUCAUUGUGCGCGUGGUGGAAUAUCACAUCAGCCAGGUGCCGCCCGAAUUCAAAUUACCCAUACUAUAUUUAAUUGAUUCGAUAAUUAAGAAUGUGAAAAGCAGCUACGUGCAGCUGUUUGGGCAAUGCAUAGUCAAUAUAUUUCUCAACGCCUUUGAAUCGGUACAACAUUCGCCAUCCCAGGUGCUGGAGAAAGUGCGUGAACGCAUGUAUUUGUUGCGGCAAACGUGGAAUGAUGUGUUUCCUGCAUCUAAGAUGUAUGCCCUGGAUGUUAAGGUCAAGCGUUUGGAUAACAAUUGGCCCAUUACGGCGAAACCAAGCCAACCUAAUAAAAUACACGUUAAUCCCGCCAUACAUGUCAAUCCUGAUUUUCUCAAAACUGGCAUGGUGUCUAUGCCUGUAAACUCGGCUCUGCCUAGCGACAUGGAGGAAAUAUUGCAGGCGAAAACACGGGAGCUGCUGGAGCUGAAGAAGCGCAAGCUGGAACUUGAAUUGGAGCAGACCAAAAUGCAUUUAAAGGAGCAGGAGCGCCAACUAAGUCAAGCAGCUGAUGCAAUAGCUGUAACGCCCAUGACAGCUGGCAUGCCUGCUCCACCAGCUAUGCUACGGCCACCAGGCAUGGAGACUAGCGUGCCUCCGCCUAACUAUCCUAGCGGAAUGCGACUUGUGCGUCCAGUUGCGCCUAUUGCUCCAGUAGUUGGCCAACCUCCGUUUGUCAACAAGCCAAAGGUGCAUCCAAUCAAUCCAGCUAUGCUCAAUUCUGUGCGUCAGCGUGAUCCUCGACUGGCCCGUCAGAUGCAGCCGCAACAGUCAGCCCCAAUGGCAGCGCCCAUGCGUGCACUAGAUCCACGUCUGGACAGUCACAAAGGCGGCAACUCUUCGUCCUCCUCUUCAGUGCAUAAAUCUAGUCGUUCACGUAGCAAAUCUCCGUUGCGCAACUCAGGCGGCAGUAGCAGCAAUCGUUCCUCCAAACCCAGCAACAGCAGCAGCAGCAGCAGCAACAAUCACCACAGCUCCAGCAGCAGUCGCAAACGCAGCGAGUCAAAGAGCUCAACGGCAUCAAGCUCGUCCUCUGGCUCAGAGUUUAGACACAAGAAUAGUAGUAGCUCGCCUGUCAAACGCUCGUCUAGCUCACGUGACAAGCAUUCAUCGAGCAAAGAGUAUUCCCAUAAUGGCAGCUCACCAUCAAGCCACAGCAAACGCAAGAGCAGCUCGCCUGCAAGCUCGCCAACCAAAUCGAAGCGCAAUGCCUCACACAAAUCCAUGAGUCGCUCGAAAUCAAGUGGCGCGAGGAGCACGCGUUCACGCAGUCGCUCACCAAUAUACAGGGAUGUGGACAUGCGCAGCGUGGAGCGCAGCAAAUCGCCAGAGCCAACAACGAAGGCAACAGCAGCGAUAUCAUCAGUGGUUGUUCCAGCUUUACCAGCAGCAGCAGCGACAGCAACAGCAGCUCCAGCAAAUGAUUUAGAGAAACGGCCACGUUCACCGCAUUUAGAUGCAUCUAGCAAGGACGUCGAUUUGCGGCCCUUUGCCAAAUUGGCCAGCAUGGCGGCUGCCGUAAGGCCAGCAACGCCGCCGGCCCCUUCCAUAUCACUCGGCACGGCUAGAACAAUUGCAGCAACGAUUGCAGACAGCGGCAACAACAGCAACGAGAACAGCAACAACACCAGCAGCACAACAAAAAUUGCUAGCAGCGCCUCCAACGCAACGAGCAACACUUCUUCCUCCAAAUUGCCCACAAAAGUGUCGUUCAAAAUACAAAAACCGUUUAAUAAAUUAGAAAAAUCUACAGCGCAUUUAUCAACAGCAACACUGCUGACAGCAGCAGCACCACCAUCAACAGCAAUCGCUGCAGCAGCAGCAGCAACUACAGCCAUGAUCCCGGCCAGCAUUAGGCAAUCGUCUCCGGCGCCGGGUUCAGCGGAACUUCUGACGCACUCAGCUGGCGAGAAGCGCUCGGCUACCCAGAUGCCGGCAAAUGCGGACACGGAUGAGGAUGAGGAUAAGCUGCAGCAGCCGCAGCAGAAGCGCAGUAAAUCCGCCAAACUGGAUGCCCUCUUUGGCAGCGAAGAUGUGGACUUGCGUCGAGAGCUGGCUCCAAGUAUUCUUGCGCCGGGCAACGUGAUUGUUGUCGAGGAUGAUUCCAUGGACAACUGGGAGGCCAACAAGCAAAUUAACAAGUCGCCUUUGUCGCCCGCGAAGAAACCGACAUUAGAUGAGUUGCGUGCCAAAUUGGCCAAGACCGCGCGUCACAGCAAUAAGCAGCAGGCUAAGCCGGACAAAUCAAAAGAUUAUCCCGUGACUCAACGUCUCAAGCAGCUGUCGUCAGAGCUGAAAAUGAGCGAUGACUCACAGGAGGCGCACGACGAAAAGAUGCGUACGAUACUAAGUCAGGCACAGGAAAUGUUCGAGAAUAAUGCCAUAAAUCCGGAGCAAUACAAGGAGCUAGUUAGCAAGGUUGUGGUUUUGAAUGAGACUGGCAGGAAGGACCGGCGACGCGAAGCGGCUGUCGAUGAUGAGGACCUGGAGCGAAACGCAGCGCGAGAUGCUGUGUUGCGAAAGCGCAUACCCAAACUGAAGGGCAAUGAGAAUCACGCGUCCAGUUCGCCGCGUAGCGAUGGCGAGCCGCAGCAGCAGCAGCAACUGUUGCCGAUUGUCGACAAGCCACAGCAACAGCAGCAGCAGCAGCCGCCGCCUGCUAAGCAGCUGAAGAACAAGCGCGAUGGCAAGCGACGCAAGCCCAGCAAAUGGGGCGAGCAGGUGGAUCCAGCUGCAGCACAGCGAGCCGCCUGGCAAUUAGCUCAAAACAACAACAAUAACAACAAUGUAAAACGAAAUGCGGUGGCAGGCGGUGGAAAUGUUGGUUUUCGUGGCAUGCCUUGGCAGCAUCCGCCGUUAGUUAUGGCACAAGCCGUCGUGCCACCACCACCGCAACCACCCGCCAUGCUAACACUGCCGCCAGUCCCAACGGUUAACAUAACCAAAGCCAUUAAUUCACUGGACAAUCCCAUGGCAGAUAUGGUGCGCAGCAUUACGAUCGAUGGCGGAACUAAGGAGAUACGUUUCUAUAAUCAGGUGGCAAUCAUAUUUAUGGAUGGCGAUGAGCCGCAUGAGAUCGGCUUCCAGAACGGACAGCGUGCCAUCUACAUUGAUCACAACGAGCAGCCGCUGGCGCUCAGCUUCAAUGAUGACUACAAACCCUUUCAGUUGGAUGGGCAGCUGCAUCGCAUUCGUUUCGGACACCCCUCUCGGGAGCUGUACAUCGAUGAUCAUUGGUAUGAGAUCUACUUUGGUGGACCACCCGUUUCGCUGCCCAUCGGCAAUAAGUUGCAUGUGCUGAAGGCGGAGGGACCGCCGCCAAAUGUGGACAUCGGUCGUGUGCGUCGAGAUUUAGUUGUGGGCAAAAUCAACAUGAUUGUCGAUGCACACACAAUUGUGCCGCUGUUCCUCGAUGGCCGCCAGCAGACGUUCCAUUUGGGCGCCGAGCAGCACUCGCUCCAAUUCGUGGAUAGUUUCCUUUAUGCAUUGCUAGAUGGACAGCUGCAGAAGCUGGAAUAUGGGGGACUGCCUAAGAGCAUGAAAUUGAAUGGAGGACGCAAUUGCUUCAUACGCUUUGGCACGCUGCCCAAGGGCGUGCAGGCGGGCAAGACCCACGUUCAAGAUAUGGUAUACAUUAAGACUGAGGCUCCAGCGGAACCACCACAACCGCCACCACUGCCAGUGGCUGGGUUGCCAACUGUACCAGCCGCCGCAGUAGCAACGCCCGAGCAGCCAGCAGCUGUUGCAGCUGUCGGCGUGCCAACAAAUACUGCUCCUGUUGUUCCUUUGCCUGAGGCAGCAGCAGCUGCUCUAAGCAAUCUCAACAUUGACGAGCUCUUCCAGAAGCUCGUCUCUUCGGGCAUAAUUGCGGGCACCACCAGCAACAGCAGCACAGUUAACGUACCUGCUUUGGAUACGAAUUCCAACUCUAGCAAAGAGGCGACAGCAACAACUGUUGCACCAGCAGCAACUGUGGCGCCUGUUGUAGCUGCAACACCUGCAGCAGCUGUGCCUGCAGUCGCACCUCUCGAGCCCAUCAAGCGCAUUGAUCUGACGAAGCCCGAGACAAUUAAGACACGUCAGGCGGCUGUGAUAGCCACCCUGUAUUUGGGCAUGCAGUGCAGCAGCUGUGGCGUGCGCUUCCCACCGGAGCAAACCAUCAAGUAUAGUCAGCAUUUGGAUUGGCAUUUCCGUCAGAAUCGAAGGGAGCGCGAUUCGACACGCAAGCCAACGUCGAGGCGUUGGUACUAUGAUCUCAAUGAUUGGAAGCAAUACGAGGAAAUUGAAGAUGUGGAAGAAAGAGAAAGGAAUUUCCUCGAAUCUCAGGGCCAACAAUUGGGACCUGAUGCCAUCGAUGAGGUGUCCCAGCAACGUUCGCUAAAUUCACCUGUUCCCAGCUGUGCAGCCGGUCCGACAGAUGUGGAUCGCGGCUGUGAUAUGUGCCACGAGAAAUUCGAGCAGUUCUACAACGAAGAGCUGGAGGAAUGGCAUCUACGCUCAGCCAUACGCGUAGACGACAAGAUCUAUCAUCCACUAUGCUACGAGGACUACAAAGCUUCGCUCAAUCCACCUCCAGUUGUUGAUAACGACACGACAGCAAAUGAAGAUGUGGAUAUGCUAAAUGCUAGCGAUGACAACGCCAUGGAUACGCUGAUCAAGCUGGAAGAUGAAUCGGAUGAUGUCAAGAAGACAUCCAGCACGGUGCUGGCCGACGAUGAUGAUGAUGAUGAUGUCAUUGUGCUGCCCAAUGAGGAGCCGAGUGUUACAGAGAUUGUCGAUGACGACGAUGAUGAAUAUGUGCCCGUCGCUACGACAACCGAACCAGAGACAGAGCUGUCCAAGGAGAAGCCAACAAGCAGCGAACAGGAAGAUAAACAACAGCAGCAAUCGAAUGAGCAGCAGCUUCAUAACGAGCAUCAUCAAAAAGUGUCAGAGAACGCCAAUGAAUCAGAUGUGGAAAUACAGGAGCCAAACAUUCCCUUUACCGAUCUGGACAACUAUGUGGAAAAGGAGCCAGUGCCGAUGCUCAAUGUGAAAAUCAAAGAAGAGCCGAAGGAUGACGACGAAGAGGAUGAUGAUGGCUUUGAGGAUGUGGGCACAGUAGUACAAUUGCUUCCGCUGCCAGAAGAUGAGAUAUCCAUAUUAAGUAGCGAAACAUUAACCCAUACCAUCGAUUCGACUGCAUCGCCAGCUACGCUGGAGCGUCCAGCCUCGGUGACAUCUCUCUCAUUGCCAGCCAAUGACGAUGAGCUGGAACUGGAGCCAGUUGCUGCAGCAGCCAGCAGCGAGGCCGAUUUUAAUGGUGAGAAUCCGCAGGAGACGCAUAAUUUAAGUGCAGCGGGGCCGGCACCGGCGUUACCUUUGGCUAGCAUAGUUAAUAAAAUAAAAAUAAAUAUCACUAAGAAUACAAGUAGUAAUAGUCAUAAUAGUGCCUCAACAACAACAACAACGGACUCUCAAGUGUCGGCUAUAAGCGUCAUUGGCGCCACUGGAAAUGCCGAUCAGCAACAACAACAGCAGCAGCAGCAGCAACAGCAAAAUUCCAUUCAAACAAUUUCCACUAUUCCUGUGCUGUGUGGAGGCAACACGUUUGUUCCGAAGAUUGCCACCAGCAGCAGCAGCAACAGCAGCACAAAUGCGCCGCCUGCCAACAUAAGUAGCAUUUCCGUAAUUGGAAGCAGCUACGGCAGCAGCAGCAGCAGCAACAGCAACAACAACAGCAGCAACAGUUCGCGUGUGCCUGCAGCAGCAGCAACAACAGCAGCGGCGGCAUCAGCAGCAUCCCAGCCAGCAACUGUCAGCGGUUUGGGAACGGCAAUUCAAAGGUCGAAUACCCCACCACCAUCCGCUGCAGUCGAAGCUGAGCCGGAGCCUGUGAUCGAACUGAAGCCGGCGCUGCGACAGGUGACGCUGAAGAAAACGAAGAAAGUUCAAAAUGGCAUCGAAACUUCGGGCCUGUGCUCGAUCAUGUAGAAAGGAAGAGAGAGUGAUAGGGCACAUGCAUAUUAUUCCUAAUCUCACUUCAUGUGUGUUUUUCUAUAUAAUUAGCAAUCUUACAAUUUUAAUUUAGAACGUUACUUAGUUUUAGGCAAUUUACAGAGGCGCCAAUAUAGGCGCAUCUUUUUGCGGUUCUCUAUAGGCAUCCCCAACACGUACGAAACCCCUUCCCACUUACAUCAACCUAUACAGAGCGCGCAACACUUAAUUUAUUUUUACAAGGAUACAUAAAUGCAAAAUAAAAAGAAAAUUUUUACACACAACUUUAAGAGAACGUAUACAUAAUUUGUGAUAAUUUUUAAACACUCGGGUCAAAAUAUUUAUUCAGUUAUACAAAUCAGAGCUUGGUCCCUCAUUAUUAUUCAUGUAAUGUGCGUUUGCUGAAUUUGAAACAAUAAAUGAAUACUGAAUUCAA